GUGGUUGCUCAGAAAAGAAACCUUUCUGCCACUCGGAAUCCAUUAUCACUCUCUUCUGCUUUUAACCAACCUCCAAAAAAAACCCUACAAAUUUCACAACAAUCUUGAUCUGAUCCAUUCAGCCAUCAAGAUUUCUUGAACCCAUUUUGAUUCAGCUUCUCAAAAGUCAAACUCUUGACCACAUAUCUUAAAGCUUUCUGUAGCAGAUUUUGAAGUGGGGUUUUCUUGAUUUCAAAGAUGAUGAUUCUUGGUGAAAAUGUGAGGAAUCUUAAGCUCAUAGAUUCUUCAUUAAGGUUGAUGGUGAUUCCAUUAAGUCUUGCUUCUAUGUGGUUGACUUUGACCAAUCAUCAAGAUAACCCCAUGUAUGGCAAAUUGGAGUUCAGUAAUCUCAAGGGUCUCAAAUUAUUGGUGAGCAUCAGUGCCAUUUCAGCUGCUUAUUCUCUGGCUGCUGUGAUCUCUUCAUGGAUCAAGAACUUGAUGAAUAAAGCUUGGGUCUUUUUAGUCUGUGAUCAGGUGGUGGCAUACAUGAUGGUGGCAUGUGGUGGUAGCAUUGGGGAGAUAGUGUAUUUGGCUUACAAUGGCAACCCAAAGGUUACAUGGAGUGAAGCUUGUUCUUCUUAUGGAAGAUUUUGUGGCAAAUUGAACCUCAUUUUGGUUCUUCAUUUCAUUGCUUUGCUUUGUUUCUUGGUGCUUUCUUUGAUUUCUGCUUUUAGGGUUUUCACAAGAUUCGAACCUCCUCUCGCUCCUUCGAAAGAACAAGAAGUUGAACGUACGUAGACCUCUGUGUUAACGGGUUGUACCGUACAAUCCGUACACUUUUCUCGUCUAUCGUGGUGUUCGGUUUUUGACUGAUUGAGUUCACGGUAGAAUUAUAUUUUGUGGGUUUUGAUUUAAAAGUGUCGUGUUGUCUUCGUCGUGUUAUUAGGGGUAUAAGAUCGUUAGGUUAAAAGAAUUCGGUUAAAGAAAGAUGGUUUGUUUUGCUUUGAUCAUAAUUUCGUAUGUAUGUUGUUUUUUUAUUGG